AUUACAUUACAUUUCAUUCUGGCAAAUUACGCAGUUUGUUUAGGAAUAUUUACGAAGAUAAAGAGCGGAAUGCUUGAAGCAGUAAAGUGUAUACUUGAAUAAAGCUAUUUCCGGCAAAGCCGAUUUAAUAUUCAGCUGAUACCGUGACUGCGUUUCUUCAUCUGCGGAGUUGAAAUUGAUUCUAACAUGGCGGUCAAUAGCAGCAUUCCUUUUACGGCUUGUGCUUUCCUAGUCCUGCUCUGUAUACUCCAAGCCGAUCCUGUGAGUGGUCGAAACUGUUACUUCGAACCAGCAGUUGGCGGCCAGCGCUCGCUGACAUGUCCCAAGGACUGGGUGUGCGUAACCAAACACAUAUUCGUCAGUCCUACCGCUACCGGCAUCACCCAAACAGGAGGAUUGGUUGUUCGUUCCUGCAGCAAGGAGAAGGGAGAGGAAAAGAAAUGCGGUGAAUGGAAGUUAUCCGAUAACGAGGCCACGGCAACACAGCUCUGCUACUGCGACACAGACUUGUGUAACACCAGCUCUGCUGGUCGGUUCGCUGUCCACACCGGAAGUGCCGCAGCAAUUGCCACCAUGUUAAUUGUUUACUUUACGCAUUAAUAUUACGUACUCAUAAGCUGACAUGUCUGCCGUACACUGGUUUUCCGGUAACAUCAUUCUAACAUCAUAUCGUACAUAACCGCUGGUUCAGAUGUCUUCCAGUAGAAACGCAUUGUACCACUGGAACAUCGUUGAGUUUUACUUCCGUUAGUUUGUUCUGCUUCUCUAAUAUAUAUAGAAGUACGGUAAUUACAGCAUUCUAGUUCAAAAUCAGUGCCUGUGUUUUUGUCGCUACAUUUUUUUGCAGCAUUCAUACGCUGUUCCAGGCCAACAAUGCUUAUCGAACGAGCUGGUUAUAAUUAAACGAUUGUUUUGAGUACAGUAUACUGAGUAUAGUGAAUGUGUUAAAUAAAUUGUGAGUGGAAAA